AUGGCAAACAGGAGGCGUAGAAAUACCGCUGGGGCUGAUGAGAUUGCUAACGCAAUCCACAAGAUGGUGGAUGCGAUGCAGCCCGUAGCAGCACCCCCAAGAGCCAUGAUUCCCCCUGUGAGACCUGUGACCAUGGAGGACUUCAUGCGUCAUAAGCCGGCGAAAUUCACUAGGAAAGCCACCCCAGAUGAGGCUGACGCAUGGCUCCAAGAGUGCGAGAAGAUAUUCAGAGUGAUAGAAUGCACGGAGGCCCAGAAGCUUAAUUUCACCACAUUUCUGUUGGUGACCGAGGCCGAGUAUUGGUGGAUGAGCAUGCAGCAACAGAUGCUGAACAGAGCUGAAGAGGUGACUUGGGCCAACUUCAGGACGAGGUUCCUGGAGAAGUACUUCCCUGACAGCGCUAAACACGAGCGCGAGGCCGAGUUUCUCACCCUGCAGCAGGGGAACCUGUCAAUACAGGCGUAUGUGGAGAGGUUUGAGUACCUCUCGAGGUUUUAUUCUCAAACAGUGACGGAGGAGUGGCGCUGUAGGAAGUUUGAGGGCGGCCUCAAACAUGAGCUGAGGCGUUUUAUCGUACCACUGAGGGUACGGGAGUUUCCGAUCUUGGUGGAGCAAGCCAAGAGUGUCGAGUAG